UUUCCUUUCUCAUUUGUUUCAACCCACAAAUUAAGGAGCUUAAACUAUUCAUAUUCAUUGUUUCGAUGGAAUCAUAUGAUAAGGAUGUCUUUGAUUCAUUUGGACCAUACUAUCUGGACAAUGUUAACUGGGAUGAUGAUCGUCAUCAAAUAGCUAUUUAUGCGUCUUUAGUUAAAGGCGUUUAUAUCCUGCAACGUGACAAAAAAAGACAUCGACACGGGGACAAUGCGUUGGCCCCUCGUUGGUGGGAGUUCUUCGGCUUCAGAUUACAGGAUAAGCUUUAUGACAAAGAUGACAAAAGCAUCUUCGGUGCUGUUUACAUAAUUGACCGACGAUGCGUAAUUGCCUUUAGAGGCACCAUGAAAGGACGUGAAUUAUUUCAUGACAUGAAACUGAAUUUGUCCAUUUUAACAAAUAAACUUAGUUGGAAAUCCCGUUUUGAAAGCGCAAUGGAAGUUGUAGAGAAAAAAGUUGAUGAAUUUGGACAGGAUAAUGUUUUUCUUGCCGGGCAUUCCCUAGGGGCAGCUAUAGCUAUGUAUGCUGGAAAACAUAUGAUCUUUGAUAAGAGAAUUCUCCUAAAAUCCUUUUUCUUUAACCCACCAUACAUUACUUCUAUAAUGUUGUUAGGUCACAAUAAGUUUAGGAAAAUGAAAAAUGUUAUUCGACAGACAAUGGUAUUUUUAAAAGUUACUGGAAGUAUUAUAGCUUUUACAGGAAGAGAAGAAGAUAAAAAAGAAGAGGAAAUGUUUGCAAAAUUGGCUGAAUGGAAACCAAAUAUAUGUGUUCAUAAAGAGGAUCUGAUCUGUUCAGAAUAUCAAAGUUAUUUCAAUGAUAUGAAGAAGAUGGUGGAAAAUGGAAUGGCGGAUAUAGCACACAUUGCUGCUAGGAUUUCAACUAUACAUUUCUGGAGGAAGAUCAUGGGGAAGAAAUCAGAUAUUCCACUGCAUUUACUUCCAUCAGCAAAGCUGAUCAUAAUAAACCGGGCACACGGAAUUUUAGAUGCUCAUAAACUUUACCAAUGGUGGAAACCUAACCUGGAAUUUGAUGCUCAAGAAUUUUCUCUAUAUGAUCAUUAG